AUGGCUGCUGUCACUGCAGAUGGCAUCAAGACCGAAGGUGGUAACGCCGCCUUCCACAACUAUGUCAACGAUUUUGCUCACAUCACCGACCCUUAUGAACGUCGCCGUCUCGCUCUCGAAAAGAUUGACAACGCUUCCUUUGGUUGGUACCACGUCCGUGCCAUUUGUGUCGCCGGUAUUGGUUUCAUGACUGACUCUUACGAUAUUUUCGCCAUUAACAUCGCCACUUCCAUCUUUGCCUACGUCUACUGGGGUGCCGGAACUCACUAUAACGGUAAAAUCCCCUCUCCUACUUCCACCCUCAUCAAGGUCUCCACUUCUGUCGGUACUGUCAUCGGUCAGCUCUUCUUUGGUUGGCUGGCUGAUGCUGUUGGCCGUAAGAAAAUUUACGGUGUUGAACUUAUGAUUAUCAUUGCUGCUACUAUCGGUCAAACUAUGACUGGUCACUCUCAUGCUGUUGCCUUUGUUGGUGUUCUUGUAUUCUGGCGUAUUGUCAUGGGUAUUGGUAUCGGUGGUGACUACCCUCUCUCUUCCAUUAUUACUUCUGAGUUUGCUACUACCAAGUGGAGAGGUGCCAUUAUGGGUGCUGUCUUUGCCAACCAAGGUUGGGGUCAGCUCAUUGGUGGUAUCGUUACUGUCAUUUGCGUUGCUGGUUACAAACACUCUCUUGACUAUGCCAACUCUGUUGCCGAAUGUGACGACAGAUGCCAAAAGGCCUGCGAUCAAAUGUGGCGUAUUCUUAUUGGUUUCGGUGCUGUUCCUGCCAUGGGUGCCCUUUACUUCCGUCUCACUAUUCCUGAAACCCCCCGUUACACUUUCGAUGUUUCCAAGGAUGUUGAAAAGGCUGCUGCUGAUGCUGAACAGUUUACUUCUGGUGCUAUUGGUGACGCUCCUAAUGACCGCGUUGAGGAUCUCCGUGUUGAAACUAACCAUGAUGAAUCUUACGAACCCCCCAAAGCUUCUUGGAAGGAUUUCUGGGCUCAUUUCAGACAAUGGAAACACGGAAGAAUUCUCCUUGGUACUGCCGGCUCUUGGUUUUUCCUCGAUGUUGCUUACUAUGGUCUCGGUCUUAACAACUCAGUCAUUCUUGGUGCUAUUGGUUUCGCUGGUCAAAAGAACAUUCACAAGAACUUGCACAACAUUGCUGUUGGUAACAUUAUUCUGACCUGCGCUGGUGCCAUUCCCGGUUACUGGUUCUCUGUCGCUACUCUUGAUAUCGUUGGUCGUAAAAUCAUUCAGCUUUGUGGUUUCACUAUUUUGACUAUUUUGUUUUGCAUUAUCGGUUUUGCUUACCACAGACUUCCCAGUGGUGGUCUUUUCGCUCUUUACAUUCUCUGUCAGCUUUUCUGCAACUGGGGUCCUAACACCACCACUUUCAUUGUUCCUGGUGAGAUUUUCCCUACUCGUUACAGAUCCACUGCCCACGGUAUGUCUGCUGCUUCCGGUAAGGUUGGUGCCAUUAUUGCCCAGUGUGUCUUGGGUCCUCUGAUUAACCACCAGUGUCCCAAGCAAGAUAACUGUUGGCUUAACCACGUCAUGGAGAUUUUUGCUCUCUUCAUGCUUUGCGGUAUUGGUACUACUCUCCUUAUUCCUGAGACUAAGCGCCAGACUCUUGAGGAACUUUGCGAGAAGUACCACGGCGAAGUCGAUAUUGCCAAGCAAAGAUACGAGGCCAGAGUGGCCCAGGAAAAUGGCCAGUCUAGCGAGGAAGAGCUCAAGGUUGUUUAA